AUGGAUGCAACCAAGUCAAACAAUGGAGAAAAACCGGGCAGAAGUGUUAACCGUAGCUCUAAUCAAAAUCAGCCAAAAAAAGGAACUCGACAAGAAAGUGUUCAAAAUCGGGCAAAAGUCAACGAAGAAGAUGCAAUCACAAAUAGAGAAGAAAAAGAAACAUCCCAAAGAAAAACUCGUGGGAAAACUUUGUGCAAAAAGAUUCAUGCAAGAACUUUGGAAGAGCGAGUAGAAGUGACCUUUAAUGAGGAUUUUCAGCCAAUUGGUCUUAGUGGAAAAGUAGUAUCUGACUUGAGCCUCUUCUUGGGAACAUUGGCUAGGAACUCAACAUUUUGUCCUCUACGUUACACCAAUUGGUCAGGAAUGCCAGAUGAUAAUAAAAACCGUUUCUGGAGAUAUACUAAUCGGAAGUUUAUCUUGCCGGUUGAAGCACGAGAUUGGAUUGAGACCACUGUUAGAGAGGCAUGGAGAAGAUAUAAGCACAAAAUUAAGAAGAAUCAUUUUUUGAAGUAUUCCAACAUGACCGAGAGACUCAAAAAUCGUCCGCCAAACGUGCCAAUAUCCCAGUUUAAGAGUCUUUGUGCUUAUUGGAGUAAGGAAACUAUACAAGCAAUCAGUGAAAAUAACACUUGA